AUGGGUAAUUACAAAUCACGUCCGCCGUCGUCAUGCACCGAUGAACUGAAGAAAAAAAUCAGCGAAGGGUAUGCUGUGGUCCGUUCACGUCUAAACGACGAUGUGAAGCCGCGCUUCGAUGCCUGGAACACCAUCCAGAACACAUGCUUUCAAGGCACGGCAAAAACGCUGGAAGAGCAACUGAAGGGGGUGGAAAGUUUGGACGAACGCACCGAAGAUCACCAGCUUUCCCUACUGCAUCUCAUUUGCGCUGGACAUUCUGAGCAGCAGGCGGAAAAGAUUGUGCAGCUAUUUGAUGCAUGUGGCGAUGACGAAGCAAAGAAGGAAAUGCUUUUGAAGCAUCAGUCCAAGAACGGAUUUUCCGCUCUUCAUUUCGCCGUUUACAAGGGCGAGACGGAAACGGUGGAAGAGCUGCUUGCAGCUGGAGCGGACGUUGAUUUUGGAGGUCGCAAUAAACUACCACCGUUACAUCUGGCGGUAAUGUGUGGGAAUGAUGAGCUUGUUGAUAGGCUAAUCGAGCACGGCGCGUCGCUGAAUGCUGUUGAUUUUGUACAUUUCACACCGCUUCACUCGGCUACUUAUUUCGCUCAUGAAAAGGUACGGAAUGUUAAAUUUAAAAUUACGAACUGCCUGAAAGUGUACCAGCUAGAUCUUAAACGAACUGCUUUGUUGUUUUGA